AUGACGAAACCUCACAUGCGACCAACGUCCGCUACGUUGUCGCCGCCAUUGUACACAGACGUGCGAUCGAAAAAUUGCAGACAACGCAAAAUCUGCUCUAAAUGUCGAACCACAAGACGGUCGAUGAAGAUGCUGUCGUUGAGAAUUGGAAAAAUCGAAACGUUGGUCGAUGUUUUGACCAAGACAAUGCAGCAAAUUGCUAACCUCGCAGAGAGUGAAGCAAUCUAUGGUCCGUCAUUCUCGAAUUUACUUGUUAAUUAUAAAAAAACUGACAGUACAUCAAUUUAUCUGAGUAAUCAUAUCGAUGAAUUAAAAAACUUGGUGAAAAUGAAUAGCGAGUGUGCGGAUUCUCUUGAUGCAGCGGAAAAAUAA